GCGGAAGGAGCCGGGUGGAGCGUCUGGGUGGAGGCGCUGAGACCCCUUGGUCGGUGAGUCGCAGCUCCCAAACCCAUUGCCGGUGGACUCCGACACGAACCGCACGGUGCGGGGCUCCGGAUCCGUGGCUGUGGCGGCUGCUGCUGUCGCCGAGGACUCGCCCGACCCCCGGUCUCCGCCGACGCCGCUGCGGGAAGACGCGGCCUGGAGAGGCCUCGUAGGCCUAGGUGCGGCCCAGCAAGCCUGACGCGUGGCUGCCGUGAGUAAAAUAAAUAAAUAAUAGAGCGAGCGCCCUCACCACAGUCGUUGACCAGUUAAAAUGGAGGAGAUUUCCCUGGCCAACCUGGAUACUAACAAGCUGGAGGCCAUCGCGCAGGAAAUAUACGUAGACCUGAUAGAGGAUUCUUGUUUGGGAUUCUGCUUUGAGGUGCACCGGGCAGUCAAGUGCGGCUACUUCUACCUGGAGUUCGCAGACACGGGUAGCGUGAAGGAUUUUGGCAUUCAGCCAGUGGAAGACAAAGGAGCACGCCGCCUCCCGCUUUGCUCCCUUCCCGGAGAACCUGGCAGUGGGCCCGAUCAGCAGCUGCAGCGCUCACCUCCAGAAUUCCAGUAACCGCCGCAGGAGAGAGGGGCGGAAAAAAAAAAAAAAAAUGACCAGGACAAUAAUCUAGACUGGUCCCUUGACUUGGAAGAGUAAGCUUAAGUAGG